AUAUUGCUUUUGUUUAAUUAUGUUGUAUCGUUGUAUACAGUGAAUUCGAAAUAAAGAGAUUAGUAACGGCGGAGGGGACAUAUAUAAAUGACGUAUGCAUCCUCACCGGUCCUUUUUUACCGUCUAGGCAAAAUGACCAAGAAGAGGAGGAACAACGGCCGCGCUAAGAAGGGACGUGGGCACGUCCAGCCCAUCCGCUGCACCAACUGUGCUCGCUGUGUGCCCAAAGACAAGGCCAUCAAGAAGUUCGUUAUAAGAAACAUAGUGGAGGCAGCAGCUGUGCGAGAUAUUACAGAGGCCAGCGUAUUUGACGCAUAUGUCUUGCCCAAACUGUACGUGAAGCUCCACUACUGUGUGAGCUGUGCCAUCCACAGCAAGGUGGUGAGGAAUCGCUCCCGUGAGGCCAGGAAGGACCGCACUCCUCCACCCCGCUUCAGGCCCAGUGGUGCCGCCCCAAGAGCUCCUCCUAAACCUAUGUGAUCUUCCACCACUUUCAUGGAAAAACUGAAAUAAAUGUGCCCCACAUUGGAAAAAAA